AUGGAAAGCUGUCGUGCACUGCUGGUCCUCGUCUUGUCUGCAACGGUGUCUCUCCUGGGCGGGCUGAUAUUUGGAUACGAGCUGGGGAUAAUCUCUGGAGCACUGCUGCAGCUGCAGACAGACUUCCAGCUCAGCUGCUUCAAGCAAGAAGUUGUGGUGAGCGCCGUCCUCAUCGGUGCACUCCUCGCCUCCCUGGCUGGGGGGAUCCUCAUCGACCGCCACGGCCGGAGGAGAGCGAUCCUGGUCAGCAACCUGGUCCUCUUGGUGGGCAGCCUCACCCUCACACUGGCCCGGUCCUUCACUGUGCUGGUCAUUGGGCGCAUGACCGUGGGCUUUGCCAUCUCUGUCUCGUCCAUGGCCUGCUGCAUCUACGUCUCAGAAAUGGUGGCUGCUCACCAGCGAGGGCUGCUGGUGUCGCUCUACGAAGCGGGAAUCACCGUGGGCAUCCUGCUGUCCUAUGCCCUGAAUUAUAUCUUUGCAGACGUGGAUGAGGGGUGGAGGUACAUGUUUGGAUUGGCCAUUGCCCCGACAGCCAUGCAGUUCCUCAGCAUCCUCUUCCUGCCAGUGAACCCUGUUAAAUUAAGCUCGUGGGACUCAGACUGCCAAAAGGGCCUCAUCCCACUGCAGGACUCGGAGGACAGAGCAGCGGCAAAGCGGGAGCCCUAUCAGGAGAAGCAUUACUCAUUUCUUGAUCUUUUCAGGACCAGAGACAACAUGAGAAGGCGGACUCUGGUGGGCCUGGGACUGGUGCUCUUCCAGCAGUUCACUGGGCAGCCCAACGUGCUGGGCUACGCCUCCAAAAUCUUCCACUCAGUGGGAUUCCAGAGCAACUCCUCAGCAAUCCUGGCCUCAGUUGGGCUGGGAGCAAUAAAGGUGGUGGCCACGCUGGUGGCCAUGGCCUUGGCAGACAAGGCAGGCAGGAGAGUGCUGCUCAUGGCUGGCUGUGUGGUGAUGGCCAUCUCUGUCACCACCAUCGGCCUCUCCAGCCGCAUGGCUCCGCUGGCCAUGGCCAGGGACUGCGAAGCAGCCGCAGGUCCCAAUGCAUCCCGCGGCCUCACCCAGCACCCCCUGACACCUCUGCUCCCCCAGUCUGCUGUGUCACCCAUCCCAUCAGCAUCAGGUGCUGUCAAAAGCCAGGCAGGCCCUGGCUUUGCUGCCACAAGGAGCCUUACUCAAAGCAAAGAGGUUGUUCCUAAUUCUCCCCUCACUCAGAAAGGGGACUUGGUAGAUGAGUCCAGGAAAGGAGCACUGGGAAGCACAGUCCCUCCUCUCAGUGCUGCUCCCUGGGCACAGCAUUCAGUCUUAAAUGGGAUUACACUGCUGAGCAUGAUGGCUUUUGUGAGUGCCUUCUCAGUUGGAUUUGGGCCAAUGACCUGGCUGGUCCUGAGUGAGAUUUACCCUGCUGGGAUAAGAGGAAGAGCCUUUGCCUUCUGUAACAGCUUUAACUGGGCUGCUAAUUUACUGAUCAGCCUCUCCUUCCUGGACCUUAUUGAUGCCAUUGGAUUCUCCUGGAUGUUUCUUCUCUAUGGGCUGAUGGGAGUGAUGGCUGUUAUAUUCGUUUACCUUUUUGUGCCAGAAACAAAAGGACAGUCCCUGGAAGAGAUAGACCAGCAGUUCUCCAGGAAACGGCUGUGGGAAGGAAAUGUGUUCAAGCAGAGACAUGGAAGAGGAGUGAGCUGCACACAUGCACAGUACCAGAGAGUGGAACACACCAGCAGCACAUGA